CAGAGUGAGACUCCAUCUAAAAAAAAAAGAAAAAAGAAAGAUUCUUAUAUGUAUUAAUAUAUAAUAUGUAUUAAUAAUACAAUUUUCCUCUGAAGGCUACAAAUGGAAAGCUAGACACAAUAUCUGAGACAAAAUAAGCAUAUCUAGAUUCAGCUGGAACUCUCAAUUUAUGUUGAACUUACAUAGGCCAUAUUUUUUGAGAAUGCCCAUGAGUGGCAUUCUAACUGUAUCUGCAUAAAAGUACAGGCAGGCCUCAGAGAGCAUACCUGCCUUUCCCCCAAUAACCCUCUCCUAUGUUACAAUAAAGAACAUAGAAAAUGUACACCUUUGCUAAAUACAUGGGACUUGUAUAAGUGCCACUUCACAUAUAUUCGGUCAAGGGAAAGAUAAAAUUCCAUACUAAUGUGCCCUAGAGUUCUCCUGUUUCACAGUACAGCAUUCGGACUCAACACUGGCCAAGAGUGCCUAGAUGAGGAAUCUACCAAUGAUAGCACACACAAUAGGAUCUUGCUUGUCUUGACAGCACAGAAGAGCAUUGGGAUAUACCUGCUGAACAUAAUUGGAAUUGUAAGAAAAAUAAUACCUGAUGUGAAAGGUUUUAUGUUCAAACUGGAUUCCAGUGUAUAACAGAAAUAACCUCUGACCCCUCUAACAGUAUGACUAAUUUUUCUUAACCUUUAGGUUUUAAUUUUUCUUUUUUUCCUUUUUUAGGCCAACAGUGCACCCUAGAGGAAAUGUGAGUUAUUUUCUCUUCUAGCAGUUAAGAAAACAGACUCCAGUGCCAGAUGGCCUGACUUGUAAUCCUAGCUUUGCUUUUCCUAGUUGUGUGACCUCCAAAGCACCCAAACUCUGUGGCCCAGUUGCCUGUAAAAUGAGGACAGAAACUACUUCAUGGGAUUUUGAAAGAAAUUAAUCUACAGCAGGUGCCUGGUACAUAGUGCCACUUUAUCAUUGUUACACAUAAAUGAAAUUUUUGAAAAACAUAAGUUCCAACUAAAAAACCUCAACCAUGUUCUGGUAAUUAUUUACUUAUUUAUCUGUAUCCACCUCUAGACUGUACUCUGUGGCUUCCCAACAUGUUGUUAUGGGAUUUACUCAUCUUUUAUACCCAGAGCUUCACAACGUGCAAAGUGCAGGAAUUAUCUAUAGAGUAAGUAUGCUAAUGUUGACUAAGACUGCAGGAGUUUUUUUUAAGCCAUCAAAAAGGAAAGUUUAUGAAUUUUUAAGAAGUUUUAAUUUUCAUCCUGGAACACUAUUUCUUCAUAAAAUAGUAUUGGGAAUUGAAACCAGUUGUGAUGAUACAGCAGCUGCUGUGGUGGAUGAAACUGGAAAUGUGUUGGGAGAAGCAAUACAUUCCCAAACUGAAGUUCAUUUAAAAACAGGUGGGAUUGUUCCUCCAGUAGCUCAACAGCUUCACAGAGAAAAUAUUCAACGAAUAGUACAAGAAGCUCUUUCUGCCAGUAGGAUCUCUCCAAGUGACCUCUCAGCAAUUGCAACUACCAUAAAACCAGGCCUUGCUUUAAGCCUGGGAGUGGGCUUAUCAUUUAGCUUACAGCUGGUAGGACAGUUAAAAAAGCCAUUCAUUCCCAUUCAUCAUAUGGAGGCUCAUGCACUUACUGUUAGGUUGACCAAUAAAGUGGAAUUUCCUUUUUUAGUUCUUUUGAUUUCUGGAGGUCACUGUCUGUUGGCAUUAGUUCAAGGAGUUUCAGAUUUUCUGCUUCUUGGAAAGUCUUUGGACAUAGCACCAGGUGACAUGCUUGACAAGGUGGCAAGAAGACUUUCUUUAAUAAAACAUCCGGAGUGCUCCACCAUGAGUGGUGGGAAAGCCAUAGAACAUUUGGCCAAACAAGGAAAUAGAUUUUAUUUUGACAUCAAACCUCCCUUGCAUCGUGCUAAAAAUUGUGAUUUUUCUUUUACUGGACUUCAACACAUUACUGAUAAAAUAAUAAUGAAAAAAGAAAAAGAGGAAGGUAUUGAGAAGGGGCAAAUCCUGUCUUCAGCUGCAGACAUUGCUGCCACAGUACAGCACACAAUCGCAUGUCAUCUUGUGAAAAGAACACAUCGGGCUAUUCUGUUUUGUAAGCAAAGAGACUUGUUACCUCAAAAUAAUGCAGUACUGGUUGCAUCUGGUGGUGUUGCAAGUAACUUCUAUAUCCGCAGAGCUCUGGAAAUUUUAACAAACGCAACACAGUGCACUUUGUUGUGUCCUCCUCCCAGACUAUGCACUGAUAAUGGCAUUAUGAUUGCAUGGAAUGGUAUUGAAAGACUACGUGCUGGCUUGGGCAUUUUACAUGACAUAGAAGGCAUCCGCUAUGAACCAAAAUGUCCUUUUGGAGUAGACAUAUCAAAAGAAGUUGGAGAAGCUUCCAUAAAAGUACCACAAUUAAAAAUGGAGAUAUGAUUUCUGCUGUUCAAAAAAGUCCCUAAAGGGUCACACUCUCUGACCUCAGCUGGAGUACAGUAGCCAGAUCACAACUCACUGCAACCCUGACUUCCUGAACUCAAGCAAUCCUCCUGCCUUAGCCUCUUGAAUAGCUGGGACUACAGGUGUGCAUGUCCAUGCCCAGCCAACUUUAUUUCUAUUUUUUGUAGAGACAGGCUCUUGCCAUGUUGCCCGGGCUGGUCCUGAACUGCUGAAUUCAAGUGAUCCUCCCACCUUGGCCUCCAGAAGUGCUGGGAUUACAGGUGUGAGCCACCAUGCCUAGCCAAAAUGUUUCUUAAGGUAUACAUUUUGGGUCUUAGAAGACUUAUACAUUUGUAAUAUUUAUUACUAAAUAUCUCAAAGUAUUACAAUAAAUGUUACCAUGUGGGCUACUUUGAAUCAGGCUUCUUGCACACCAAUUUAAAAAUGUUAACUCUUUAUAUAUACACUAGUUAUACCACUCAUGUCAGUCGAUAAAUUUUAAGGUUUAAGUGCAGGCCUUCUUUUACAGAAAUCCUAAUUUUUUGAAACCAUAACUCUGACCUGAUACUAAAUUCCCAUAGACAUGCUAAGGAAAAUCUGCUUAGUAUCGAGAUCAAGAACUUCCAUUCAAAAAGAUUAUUCAGUUAAUGUUAUUUGCAUAUUACCAUUAUUAAAAAUAAAAAAUUUUUUAAAAGAUG